AUGGGUUGGGCUGUACUUGGGAAGUUGUUGUUGCUGUUGUUAUGGGUUUUCAUAGUUUUAUUGGUUGAAAACGAAAACCAUGGAGUGGAAGGUUGUGUUGAAGAGGAGAGGAUUGGCUUGCUUCAACUCAAAGCCUCUUUCAUUCGGAACGGUACUGAUGAUGAGAUAAGCCAUGAUUUGGUUCUUCCUUCAUGGGUUGAUGAGAGAGAAAGUGAUUGCUGUGAAUGGGAGAGAGUUGCUUGCAACCACACCACAGGCAGAGUGGUGGAGCUCACUCUCGAUCAUCUAGGGUUAUGGGAGUACUUUUCUAUUUAUCAUCUAAAUGUCUCCUUGUUUAAACCUUUUGAAGAGCUUCUGAUGCUAGACUUAUCUGUUAAUUAUUUUGAUGACUAUGUUGAGAUUGAAGGUUUUGAAAGAUUGUUGAAAUUGGAGAUCUUAAAUGUUGCCUUUAAUGGCUUCAAUGAUAGCAUCCUAAAACCUUUGAGUUCACUCACAUCACUAAAAACUUUGAAUGUCAGUUACAAUGGAAUGAAAAGACCUCUUCCUGUUCAAGAUUUGUUUUCAUUCCAGAACUUGGAGGUUCUAGAUCUGAGCUGUAAUUAUUUCACUGGAAAUAUUCCUCCACAUAUAGGAAGCUUGAUUUCUCUCAAGACUCUCUAUUUGGCCUUUAACAAUCUCAACAACACUUUGUCAUUUGAAGAUUUGAUUUCAUUCAAGAACUUGGAAAUUCUAGAUCUGAACUUUAAUUAUCUCAACAACACUUCGUCUAUUCAAGGUUUGUGUGAACUAAGGAACCUUCAAGAGUUGCAUCUUAGUGAAAACACCUUGGAAGGAAUCCUUCCUCCAUGUUUGAGCAAUUUAAGAUCCCUUAGGGUGUUAGAUCUCUCUGCGAAUCAAUUCACAGGAGACAUUUCUAUUAUCAUAUCAAACCUCACAUCUCUAACACACAUCAAUCUUCAAAAUAAUCAUUUUGAGUUCUCAUUCACCUCGUUAGCCAAUCAUUCUAAGCUUAAGGUGGUUGAAUUAGGCGACAACAAAUUGGAGGUGGAAACAGAUGAUUACUCAAAUUGGGCUCCCAAGUUUCAGUUGAAAGUCCUAGGGUUAUCAAACUGCAACCUCACCGGUGAAAUACCCAAGUUUCUCUUUCACCAAUACACAUUAAGAGAAGUAGAUCUCUCCCACAACAACUUGAAAGGAGUUUUCCCUUACUGGUUUCUUAAUAACAAUUCAAGACUUGAAGUUCUGAAUCUGAGCAACAACUCUUUCACGGGUCAAUUUGAUCUGUCACCACCCCUCAACACGAGUAUUAAUUGGAUGGAUGUCUCUGCCAAUUACUUUCAUGGCCAACUUCAAGCAAACAUUUCAAUGAGUCUUCCAUACAUUUCGUAUCUAAAUUUAUCCACAAAUUCUUUCAAAGGUAUACUUCCGUCAUCACUUUGCAACAUGAGUGCCUUAGAGAUGCUGGAUUUGUCUGUUAACAUGUUCUCUGGAGAAGUACCAAAGGAAUUGGUUUCAGGUUGCAUCAAUUUGAAUACUUUGAAAUUAUCCAGCAAUAAAUUUCAUGGUCAAAUACUUUCAACACACUUCAACUUGACCAACUUAGUGACUCUGUCUUUGGAUGACAACCAGUUCUCGGGAAUUUUGUCCAACACAAUUUCCGGAAGCUCUGGGCUGGUUGCGUUGGACGUUAGCAACAAUUACUUCUCAGGUGUGAUUUCUAGCUGGAUAAGUAAUAUGACAAAUUUGCAUGUCGUCAUCAUGAGAAAUAAUUCAUUCAAAGGCCGGUUACCAUGUGAACUACCUAUAUACAAGCUCUUGGAUGUCUCUCAUAACUCUCUAUCAGGACCAUUACCGUCUUGUUCAUCAAAUCAACUGAGGUAUAUUUAUUUGCAGGCAAACAAAUUCACGGGACCAAUACCAAAUGCUUUUGUCAAUUCAUCAUCUUUGUGGAUAUUGGAUGUUAGAGAUAACAGCUUAUCCGGCAAGAUCCCCGAUGGGAUUAGCGCACUCUUCGACUUAAGAGUACUUCUGCUAAGGGGAAACCAUUUGAAUGGUUUAAUUCCAAAUCAAUUGUGUAAGUUGAAUAAGAUAACCCUUAUGGAUCUUUCCAACAACUCUUUUUCUGGGUCAAUUCCUCGUUGCAUCAGUAAUAUCUCUUUUGGAAAGAUAGGGCCAAAUGACGAUGUGUUUUUUGAUAUCAGUUAUUAUGUGGCAACAUUUGAAGUAGAUAAGAAAGCAGAAGCCGAGUUUGUUACAAAAAGAAGGCCUAGCUCUUACAAGGGUAAUUUCCUCAAAUUCAUGUCAGGAUUGGAUUUGUCAUGCAACAACCUAACAGGUGAAAUCCCACAUGAGGUAGGUGAGCUAGUUCAGAUUCAUGCAUUAAACUUAUCUCAUAAUCAGUUAAAUGGAUCUAUUCCCAGAACAUUCUCUAGCUUGACUCAAAUAGAGAGCUUGGACCUUUCUUACAAUAAGUUGAGUGGAGUGAUCCCUAUGGAGCUGAUUGAUCUCAAUUUUCUAGCAGUCUUCUCUGUAGCUCACAACAACUUAUCGGGUAAAAUUCCUGACAUGAAAGCACAAUUUGGGACAUUUGAUGAUAGCAGCUUUGAGGGAAAUCCUUAUCUUUGUGGACCACAACUAAAGAACAAUUGUACCACCAUUGUUCAGUCUCCAAAGUCACCAACAACAUUUUCACAAGAAAAUGAGGAAAAAUGGUAUGAAAUCGAUGCAGAGGCUUUUUAUGCUACUUUUUCUAUGUCGUACAUUAUCGUCUUAUUGGCACUGGCUUCUGUUCUAGCUAUCAAUCCAUAUUGGCGAAGGAGGUGGUUCAAUUUCAUUGAGGAGCGUAUCUAUUCUAGCUAUUAUUUUGUUUCUGAUGCUUUCUACAAGCUCUGGGCUCAUUAG